AUUUUGGCUCAAGAGCGUUUUGUUGAGUGGAACUUGUAUUGCAAGUACCUUGUAUUGCACAACCAGGUUGUCAGUAAUCAUGCGGGGCCUUCUCCCAGUUGCAAUGGCCAUGCUCGCCGUGAUCGCCUUCACGAUCAGUGGAUGUGGAUGCGAGGACGGAAAGGUGCCAGAUGAACACGUGGAACGCCAGGAACAGAGUGGCGUGGAACUGGUAGGGGAUUCUGCGACAUUCCGUACACAAGUGAAGUAUAUUAGAGCUGGAUUGAUAGACGAUGGCAUGUUUGGAGGUGACGCGGAGGAGCCAAAAUUCACGUUGUCUUGCCUUGGUGGGGAGUCGUCCUAUGAAUCUUCCUUUGAGACAGGUGACGAAAAGAACUACCACCCUGUAUUGGGUGCCACAGAUGAUAACUGUUUCUACGCAGGUUUAAUGACAGUUGAGUGUCCCGCAGAAUCCGACGUCCAACUGCGCAUAAUGGAGAGUGACACUUUCUCGUCUGCCGAAACUGGGGAGAUAACUAUCCCAUGGGAAAUCAUUCAAUUUAUGACGCAUGGCAUGCAAACCAGCUUCCAGAUAUCCACAUCAAGCACGGGAGGUUGGGACCAAUUCUGGGCUUGGAUGUCUGAGCAGACUGGAGGCAUUUGCAUCACAGAUCUCAUACCCGGCGUCAAUGCAGCAGCGAAAUCAUUAAAGCUUUCAGCAAACGCCGUGAAAAGGAUCAAAAAAGCAAGCCGCACAGUACGACGUUACGAGAAAGCACAGGAGUUGCUUUCCUAUUGCUCCGAAGAUGGGUUUGAGCCAUGCGGAGACGCGUUUGAUACACUGGGUGCUCUUUGGGAUAUGCAGUGCGUGACGGCCAAUACAGGUGGUGGUGUCUACAAUUUCGUCGUUCAGUUCUCGGGGUCCACGCGUGUGGCGCUCAGUUUUGCAAGCCUUGCGUUCGGCCUCAGUCUUAGCGUACUGCUUCCAUGAGCGGGACACAGAUAUCAUCCAGUUAGAGCCUCGCUGUCUUUUUCAUCGUCUUCCUCGCUCUUUGCGUAGGGCGAUUGUUAUCGGGCUCUUUUCAGGUAUGAAGUAGUUGUGCAGGGUAUCAUCGGCCUCUUUCUGCUAUGAACUAGCUGUGCUGAUUAUUAUCGGCCUCUUUCAGCUAUGAAGUAGCUGUGCUGAUUAUUACUACCCGUUUGCUUCAGCUAUGAAGUAUUUGUGCACAUUAUUACCAGCGUUUCUCAUCUAUGAAGUAGCUGGCGUCGGAACAUCCAUGACGGCCGAGGAUGGCCGUGGUAGUUGACAACUGUUGUCGUCGGCGCCGCCGCCGUCGCACUCAUAUUAUUGUUUGUCGUCGUGUCCUGCUUCCUCCCCCAUCCAUUUCCUCAUCCUGCUCCUCCUCCCCCCCCGCCCU